UGACAUGUGAGACGCAACAUGAGCACACAUCCCUUCUUCAGCCUCUAGCAACUAGGGCUGCAGUGUUUUGGAGUGAUUCAGAGCCGAUGUUAAACUGUUAGAGAGCACUAAGCCAAAUCCUACACCAUCAUCAUGUUUUCAUCCUUGCAGGGGGAGGGAGGGUUGACUACGAGGCAAAGUGGGGGGAGAAACAGACACACACGGGGCCUAGUCGCCACAUCUUUUCAUGCGAAGAAGCUGUGCUGCUAAACCACCCGUUUUUGGUUUCCCAAAACAACUCCGGCCCGGGCCUCAGUCCGCGGUCUAGAGUUUGAUAGCGGGCUGUUUGAGACGCAAGCACCUCGGUGUGCAGCUGCCAACAAGUCCCUUUGCUCCAGCCACCAUCAUGGGAGACAGUAGAGAUUCCCGUAGCCCAGACAGUUCGUCUGUGUCCUCCCCCGCCUCAGGCCAGCGCUCGCCCCCGCUGGUUCCCUCAGCCGCAGCUUCCAUGACAUCACUUCCUCCCAUCAGCACCUCCAGGGUCAACAGCCCUAUCAGUAGCAUCGACUCCCCCUUUUCUGUCAUCAGUUCUUCAUUGGGCUCCCCCUGUCUACCUGGCACGCCAUCAAUAGGCUACGGCCCCAUUAGCAGCCCACAGAUCAAUUCAACAGUGUCCAUGUCAGGGCUUCAUGCAGUGAGCAGCUCCGAUGAUGUGAAACCUCCGUUGGGCUUGAAUCAGCUGUCGUCCCACAGCCCAGGGCCGAUGCUUUCCCAGAAACGCCUUUGUUCCAUCUGUGGAGACAGAUCUUCUGGUAAGCACUACGGAGUCUACAGCUGUGAGGGCUGUAAAGGCUUCUUCAAGCGCACAGUGCGGAAAGACUUGACCUACACCUGUCGGGACAGUAAAGACUGUAUGGUCGAUAAGAGACAGAGGAACCGCUGCCAGUACUGCCGCUACCAGAAGUGCCUUGCCAUGGGCAUGAAGAGAGAAGUGGCCAAGAUGAACGACAGAUCUGUCCAAGAGGAACGGCAGAGGAACAGGGAACGAGAAGGCGAGGUGGAGUCAACUAGCGCGGUGAACGAGGAGAUGCCCGUGGAGAAGAUUUUGGAAGCGGAGAUGGCUGUAGAGCAGAAGACAGAGCUUCAUGCAGAUGGAACUUCAGGUGGCAGCUCUCCCAAUGAUCCGGUGACCAACAUCUGCCAGGCAGCAGACAAGCAGCUCUUCACCCUGGUGGAGUGGGCUAAGAGGAUCCCUCACUUCUCUGAGCUGACCCUGGACGACCAGGUCAUCCUGCUGCGGGCAGGCUGGAAUGAACUCCUGAUUGCAUCGUUCUCCCAUCGCUCCAUCUCGGUGAAGGACGGGAUUUUACUGGCCACCGGCCUGCAUGUCCACAGGAACAGUGCUCACAGUGCAGGCGUCGGAGCCAUCUUUGACAGGGCGCACAAUGCCGAGGUUGGGGCCAUAUUUGACAGGGUGUUGACAGAGCUUGUAAGCAAGAUGAGAGACAUGCAAAUGGACAAGACAGAGCUUGGGUGCCUUCGAGCAAUCAUCCUCUUUAACCCAGAUGCCAAGGGUUUGUCCAUCCCCAGUGAGGUGGAGCAACUGAGAGAGAGGGUGUAUGCAUCGCUCGAAUCUUACUGCAAACAGAAAUACCCCGAUCAGCAGGGCAGGUUUGCAAAGCUCCUCCUCCGGCUCCCUGCGCUGCGCUCCAUUGGUCUGAAGUGCCUGGAGCACCUGUUCUUCUUUAAGCUGAUCGGCGACACACCCAUUGACACCUUCCUGAUGGAGAUGCUUGAGGCGCCUCACCAGCUCACCUAGAGGAGCUAGGUUCUGUCCCCUCAGGAUCCGAUGCACACCAGGAUCAACCCCCCCACAUCGGGUCUACGGCUCCUCUCGACGAGCCUCACUUAACUGCAGCACCUGCUGGUUUUAAUUUACCGGCUCUCACACAUAAUCCAUGUCACUGGCUUAUUAUCAUCACACACACAUACAUAAAACAAUACACAGAUAAUGUGGCUCUAAGUGAACAUUAUGCUACCACAAACACAUUCACACUCUUUGAACUGUCAUCUGUCAUUUUCCAUACUCAGUUUUCCACCAUAGGGGAUUUGAAUCAAGGAAUAUAUCCCCCCUUCGUGUCACACAUAUAGAAUAAAUGUCUUAAUUUUAGGUUAGCCCUUCAGUUUUCACAUCUUCAUCCCACCGUGGGUUUUUGCUUCUGCAUAACUGGUAAACUUCCCCCAUUUUCCCCUCAGUAACAUGUCACACUGCUAGCUGCAGCUCCGUAUAUUCUAUCCAUCACUAUCCGGUUAGGUGUUCAUGUUUUGUUUUAGCUUAAAAUCCGGUGCGUAGCAUUUCAAUGAAGUGUCCAUCAUCAAAUGUAUUCACUUCUGAUUGGUCAGGAGGUGUCCUAGUGAGUUCAUCCAAUCCCGUAAAUAUUGAAAUAUUUUAUGCUUUUUUUUUUUUUAUAUAUAUUCAUGCUGAAACUUGUUUGAGUUUCUAUUUUGAAGUACUGUACUCAUGAAAUGAGAGCUUUUUCCAAGGCAUUGAAAUCCAGGAAAAGGGGAGUGGGAGAACUUUGUCUAACAGACAAGCUUGGUCCCUCCCACUGUGAUGCGCACAGCGGGCUUUGUAAGACUAGUAGAAUGACUUGAAUUUUUUUUUGUCCUAGUUUUGAUUUCAUCCUUUUCUCUGUUUGGGCAGUUGGUUGAGAUUUAAAUCAUUUUGAGGCUCACAGGAAGUACGGCUUCCUGCAAGACAACAUUCUAGUUGUUUCUUUUUCCCGUUUUCUCCCAAAUCCUCCCUUUGCUGGUGGUCAUUUAUGCACUUUUGUGAAUUGUUACUGUGUAAAUGUUCCUGUUUCCUAGAAAUGACCAUCUAUUCUCAGACACCUAAGAUGACCUUGAAGGUACUAUGUGUAGGGUUUUUCCAUUAUUGCAUCAUUGUUGAAUCAGAUGUGAUGAUUUAUUAUAGAGCACGCUAAAUGAUUUGCCUCUUCCUAUUCGGACAGUAAUGAAGUUUGGGACUGAUCCCUUUGCAACAGUUGAGUAGGAAUGAUCACCUGUCCUAUCACCCAGUCCAGCUGUGAGUCAGUUUUUUUGGAUACUAUGCUUAUUAUUAUUAUUAAGCUUUUGCAUUUAGGAUACUGCACUCAGUCCUCAAUGUGAAACCAGACUCAAAAAGAACAUUUGUUGUACUACAUUAAGCAGCAGCAAAAGUUGUUAAGACCAGCUGAAAUUAUCUGAAAGUAGCAGUAAUGCAACAUUUUACUUGAUCGCCAAUCAAUCAAAUUUUCUGCUAUACUGCUACUCCUGAAGGAUUGCUGGAUGUGAAUAUAGUCGGGUAAACAAUGCACCCGUGGCUGAGUAGCUAGCGUGUCGCGUUCAUCUAAUGCAACAAUGAUAUGAGUUACAUAAUGGAAAUCCUACACCUUCUACCUGCAGCUUUGGAAACUUUAUUCAGUGUGUUUUGGCUCAAUGCUUGCAAAUUUUGUACAGUUGAUGUAAAUACUACAAAAAGAAAAACACAGGAUUCGUGUAGAAACAAAGGCCUGUUCACAGUCAAUGUGAAAUAUGUCAAAUUUAAAAUGCUCUAUUUUUUGCUGUUGAAUCAACAUUAGCGUAAUGGACAUCAACGAUAAAUUAUUAUUAUUAUUGAGCCCAGGGCCAAACCACACCUCACUGCUGCUUUUGCACCAUCUUCUGCCAAUGUUUCCUGUUCCUGGUAAUUGAUUGGCUGGAUUUCAUUGACAAUGGCACUUGGCAUUUACUGUGAUUGAAAUUUGUGGGCAACUGAAUCUGAAGCAUCACAGUGAAGAGUUAAAUGCAGCUACCACAUGAUCAGGAGAUAAACUAUGAAAUAAUAUGUACACAUGCUCAAAUGUGAGCAAUACUGGGGUUUCACACAGAUGUAUUACUUUUUAUGUUCAUAUUUAACGUUUUCUGUUAGAUAUACUCACUGCAUUUCAUAGCAAUCAGCAAGAUAUAUUUUACAGUAUCACUCUGCAGGGAAGAGGUACAGCUGUCCUCUACCAGGUGCUAAAAAAAUAUUUUAGUUUAAAACGUGCACAUUCACAUCAAUGCAAACAAAGUAUGCAAGUACACAGGAAAGUCAUUCUCCACUUAUUGAACCGUCUGCUAAGGAUGCACGAUUCCCUCGUAGAGUUUUUUUGAAUGAUUACUUUACGACCCUUUAUUGUAUUGCAGACGAUGGAAAAUGAACACCAGCUUGUACAUUUUGACUGUGGCUGACACAUCUUAGUACCAGACACAGCCAGUGUCUUUUGUACUUUAGAACGCUGUUAAGCUGGUGAAAAACUUUGACCAGAAUUAGCAAUGAGCUUCCUGCCCUGCAGAUAGUCCAAAUACUUCUCAAAGAAGACCCUUAGUCUCCCCCAUGUAAUGCGGAUUGGAGGCUGGCAGUGAGAUGACCUGUAAGACAGGUGGCUCGGUUUAAUGUCAGUAUGUUGCGCCUAACCAUAAAGGUGUGGUUUCAGUUGUUCUCCAUCCAUGCAUUCAACACAUGAAGUAUUCUCCUGAUGUCUGUUAAUUUCCUACAUGAGAAAAGUCAACCCCUUGGGCCCACUUGAUCCAUUAUUUUGGUGUUAGUCAGCAAAGAAAUGCAAGGUGGUGCCAAGCUUCUGAUUUAGGUGAUUUGCUAGCAUUGUUGCAGUGUUUAUGUUGCGGGAUUGUCUCAGUGCUUUAGUACCUUGAGUGUUCAGAUAAGCUUAAACUAGCAGUCUGACUUUUGAGAUUUGAGUGAAAAAGGAAUAUGUGGCCACCACACUUUGAGCGUUGUGAUCUGGAGUAUAGCACAGCUGUCCUGAAACAGUUUGGAAUGAAUGUGAGUGCUACUUUCUUGUCUCUCAGAGAGCAGGCUGACUUUAGCAUGUGUGCUCAUCUUCUGACAUCUCGGCAAGAAAUCUGGAUUUUAGUGUUUGGAGUUCCUCUGGUGAAUGUUUAAGCCUGCUUCUACUGCAUCAUGUUUAUACCUGGAGAUGGGAAUAAUUAUGAAACCAGUCAAGGACACAGCUGAAUGAGCAAAAGCCAAGAAUCAUCAAGAAGUAACAGUAUGCUAAUUGCAUACUUUUUAGAAUUCCCAUCCUCCAUUUAACAGCAAGUGUUAACAUGUCCCAACUUCUAUAUUUCUUAAUAUGCGCUGUGAGCGUAAGUCAUUAAGAGAGUAAUGAACUGAUGCAGAAAACACAUUGUAGAAGAGAAGUCAGUGCAGGUUCUGAAUGCUAAGCCACUUUAAGCUCUGCUGAUCAGGCAGACAGUUUGAGCUGGUGGUUGGGUAUUUCAUUUUUUUUUUGCAUUUGUUAUAGUGUAUGUGUGGCCACAUGUGUAUGCUUUUUAUGCACAUGUGUAAUGAUUCUGUCUGCAGCUAAGCCUUUUGACUGGCAGAUAAUAUAGCUUUGGCGGUGAUGUGCGGUGUGUUGAUAAACUCGAUGCACAGAGGAAGAGGAGCCAAGCCGGAGGGCUGAUGAACAGCUGUGUUGACCUGAUGCUUUAUCAACACAGCCUCCUCCCUUCCUCCACUUUACCCCGUCUCCACUGCUUUACUUUAAACCUGAGAAAUGCUCAUCCACUCACCCACCCAUGUGGGCUGAACUGGGCUUUGCAUUGUUGUUUUUUUGUAAAAUAAUCCUCUGAAUCUUGGACUGUUUGAAAAGGAUGUGAAGCUUUCCUCGGGACGAGCAUUGGAGAGCUGUAAGGAAGGGAUUCAGUGCCGCGUGUCCCUCUUUGCUUACUUUACUUGAUGGCAGCGACGGUCGCCACGGGAGACCGCUGUAUCCCAACGCGCCACCCACAAAUGUUAGUCGUUGCAACGGUGUGCACUCAAGGCAGACGCAUGCUGUGACCUUUUGACUGUGUAGCAGUAUUGUUGUCGCCAUCUUUGUUACAUUUUGAAAUGACUCGCUUUCUGAAAAUACGGACAUUAGUUCAAUAUGCUUCUUUCUUUUAAAUAGGAUCGCUGGCUGUGACUGAAGAGUUGAUCAUCGUUUAUAGAGUAGAUAUCAGGGCGGCAUUUUUACCUAUUGACACAGGCCCCCUGGAGCCAAGGCCUAUCCCAUUAUGAUCAAUGAGGCAGUGUGUGCUAUGCAGCCUUUGUACCACCACCCUCACUGGUUUAUUUAUCACUGCCAAGCUGUACGUGGAUUUUGGCUUUUUUUAAAUGCAGGGCCUCAGUCCCCAGUGCUUGUUUGUCAUGUAUGUUGUGAUAAUUGUGCAGCAGACUGAAGAGUGUGUGCUAACCUUAGCCUGUGUAGUGCAUACUAAAGAGGGACCCUAAGAGGAUCGGAGUGACAGUUCGUGUGGAGAGGGGAAGGGCUGUUCGCUGGAGACAGUAUACACCAGUGUGUGGCCCCCUCUUGGUGCUCAACUGUUCAAUGGUGCUUUUUUUUAUAGGGUCCCCCUGGCCCUUUAAACGUCUGCUUUGGUUUCCAUGACACAGGGAAAUGCAUAUAUGACUGAAAUGCAAAUAAGGAACAAAUAAAACAGGAAUAGCCCUGCUCUUCUUUAUUUGCAUUUGUUUGGUUGUUUUCUGCGAUCUGGUCCACUGCAACCUGUGUUACUGUGUCACAUGUGGCUGCAGCCGGAUACCCCAGGUUAGAUCGUGAGUGAAAAAACUGUGGCUCUAUUAGAAGACACAGUGAAAAGGCCUGAACAGGUCUGGUUGCAGGAGGCACCUCUGAGCAGAAUCUGGUUACAUUUAUUGAACUUGAUGGAAGGAAUAUGAUUGCUCACUGUAAAGAGGAGGUUGUUCAUGUUUUAGGUGUGAUGAUAUUUGAAGGUCAAAGAGAGAACGGAAGGGCAAGGACUUAAACACAACUCUCAUCAGGUGAUGAUUAGUCGCUCAAGAAGGAAUAACAGAACCUAUUUUCCGGUAGAUCUCAAAUCUUCCUUAGUUGUUUACUCUUCUUCUACCUUAAAAAACUAUUCACACACUGUUUCUUUGUGUCGUUUCCCUCUUCUCCGACUAUGAUAUUCGUCUUUUGUUCAUUAGGUGACAAAGUAUUAAACAAACGCAAGAACUGUAAAAUCAGAAAUGGAAUCUGUCAUUCUUCUUUUUUAUUUUUCUCACUUUCUCUGGUGUCAGUUCUUUGUCCAGUUUGUAUCCGACUACAUCGUUCAUGUGGAGCUGAUUGACUAUUGUGUGCUUCAGGGAUUGAAAGAAGAAAAAAAAAUAUGAAUACUUUUUUCAGUCAUUAAAUCUAAAUCUUGUUUCUGUUUAUUGUAUCAUGUCCGAGUAAAGGUUUUAAUACUGUA